UGGUGGGGAGAGUAGAGCCCGGCUGAGGCUGGGGGUCCUCUAGUUCCAACCCCUCUACUCUCUCCCUCUUAGGGGUGGGAUUCCCUAGUUCUCGGACACCUCUCCUCUCGGCUCCCCUGACUGGGGAUGCCCCUUAAGGGGCUGCGGGUCUCCCCUAAGUCUGACCCCUCCACUCUGCCCCACCAGGCCAAGAGUGGGGCCGUCUAGCUCUCUCCUCCUUCCGAUCUCCACCCCGAACUGCGGCACUCCUGAAUGGGCUGUGAGGGGCCCCUAGCUCUGAUCCCUCCCAGGCCGGGGGUGCCCCUUGACCCCUCUGCCUUCCCCCAGGGCUGGCCGGGGAUGCCCUGCUUCUGCCCCCAUGGAGCUGAAGGUAUGGGUAGACGGAGUCCAGCGUGUGGUCUGCGGUGUUUCCGAGCAGACCACCUGCCAGGAGGUGGUCAUCGCCCUGGCCCAAGCCCUAGGGCAGACUGGCCGCUACGUGCUCAUCCAGAGGCUCCGAGACAAGGAGCGGCAGAUGCUGCCCCAGGAAUGCCCGGUGGGAGCCCAGGCCACGUGUGGACAGUUUGCCAAUGACGUUCAGUUUGUCUUACGGCGGACAGGGCCCAGCCUGGCCGAACGGCCUGCUUCGGACCCCUGUCUUCCCCCAGAGCGUUCCCCUGUGCGGGCCAGCCUUCCCCCAAGGCCCCGGCCCCCACCCCCCCACGAUCCCCAUGUGGGGUCCCGCCCCCAGGAAGGCUGCCCAGUAGGGGUGGGAGGGGAGCUGUGGGGCCUGGAGCUCCUGAUUCAGAGCAAUGAGGCCGAGCUGGGGCAGGAGGGCUUCUGGGAGGAGGAGCUCCAGCGGGAGCUGGCGCAAGAGCUAGCACAGCAGGGCCACAUGCAGCAGCUGCAGGCAGCCACUGAGGAGUGUGCCCGGCAUCUUCGUGAGCUGGAUGCCCAGGCCCGAGCCCUAGAGGAGGAGAUCAGCUGGUGCCAGCAGCGGCAGCAACAGCAACAGCCGCAGGUGCCGAGCCCCCGGAGACCUCAGGAUGAGGUUGCGGCUGCCCGGCUCCACCAGGACCUACAGGCCCAGGCCCUGCAGAGCCAGAGGCUCGAGAGCAGCCUCGCCAGCGUAGGCCGAGCCCUGGCUGAGGCCGAGCAGAGCCUGCAGGCCCAGGCCCAGGAGGUACUAGAGCUGAACAAAGAGCUUCGCCAAUGUAACCUGCAGCAGUUUAUCCAGCAGGCAGGGACUUCGCUGCCCCCACGGCUCCAGGGCUCCGAGCCCGGCCCAGCCUCCCCAGGAUUGCAGCAGGGCCCUCCAGCCUCUCCAACAAGCUCAUCCCACGCUUUCCCGAGAUGCCCAGCCUGAGCCCUGAAGGACGUGUGAGUCUGGCUGCCUCUGCUGCUCUAGGAAGAGGGCAGGGAGAAAUGCCCUCUAAGAAGGGAGCCCGUGUGCCCGCCUGGCUGGCAUCUGCCUCGUCCACCAGUCUUCCUCCUCAUCACUGCUCAGCUGCUAGGCCCAUGGCAGCCCAUCCCCUCUUGGAGAGUGAGGGUGGGUGGACAGGACACUCUGGCUAGGCUCCAGCUGUGCCUGGGGCCGGCACAGUCAUCUUCCUCCCAGAGGCAGCUCGUGUGGGCCCUGAGGCCAUGCCGAAGAUGGUCCCUGCCAGGCCAAGGGCCCCACAUCCCAGAGCAGUUCAGCUGGGCCAGGAGGCAGCCAGCGUGUCCCCUGAUCCUGGUCCUGCUGCUCUGGUUGGAGAUGAGAGAAGGAUCACGGACAUCUUUCCCAUCCUGCCCGACCAAGCUGGGGCAGGAGUCAUGGUGCCGUUCCACUCACUGGAGGGAGACCCAUGGACAGACACGCUUGUCACCUCUGCCUGGCGCUUCCUUCCUUCCACCCCUAAGAUGUGGCCAGGAAACUAGGAGGACCGGGGGGGGGGGGGGGGGGGGCCGGCAUCCCAUCUCCCUGCUUUGUGUGCAGGGGUGGUGAGAUCCCCCAGAAUAAAUGGACCCAAAGUAUGCCGUA